AUGGCAUCUACAAGACCUAAUGAGAUUUUCAACACACAGAAUAACGGUGACACGAUGCAUCGAGAAUCUGCAAGCAACUCGUCAUGUCAUAUCGUUAUCAUCGGAGCUGGUGUUGCUGGUCUAGCUUGUGCCAGAUAUUUAACACAUUCACUUAAGAAUAAGUCAUAUAAAAUUACAAUACUUGAAGCUCGUGAUCGCGUCGGUGGUCGAACAUUGAGUAUACCUGAGCUCAAUCUUGAUUUGGGAGCAUCAUGGAUAUUUUCACCUCACACCGCAGCACUAUCACUUGUGCGUGAGCUCAAUAUUGGUACAAUCGAUCAAUAUGAAGAUGGAAUUUCGCUUAUGAAAUCCGGAAGUGACGUUCGACGUAUGCACUUGGGUGAGAUUCACAACGGUGCUAUACGUCUUAAAGGUGGAUCAGGUAGUUUGUGUGCGACGCUACUCAAUGAGCUAACUACAAAGAAUCAAACAACAGUCGCUGUACAACUUAACUCACCAGUCAUAUCUAUUACGUACGAAACUAACCAAAAAAUCAAUAUAGAACUACGUGACAAAAAGUCAAUAGUAGGCGAUUACGUCGUUCUAGCUCUACCACCCAAACUAUUUAUAUCAACGAUUAAAAUAACACCUCAAUUACCAAAAUCACUUAUCGAAGAGCUCAACGACUGUGAUACUUGGAUGGCAUCAACAUGUAAAGCUAUUCUACAGUACGAACGCGCAUGGUGGAAAGAUCAAAAGUUGAGUGGAUUUGCUGUUUCACGUCAAAGCAACGCACAAGAAUGGCACGAUGCCAGUAGUGAUACUUGCAAUGCUCUCUUUGUUUUUUGUUUACCUGGUACAACCAAACAACAGGUGAUUGAUGCUACUGUUAAAAUAUUUGGCAAUGAAGCAACUAUUCCAACAGCUGUACACAUGGUCGAUUGGAGUAAUGAACGAUUCACGUCAGGUUCGACAGAUCACAGUUUUGGCGGUCAUGCACAUGCAAGUAAUAUCUGUAGACAAUCUCAAUGGAAUGGUCGACUAUGGUUCGGCAAUAGUGAAGUGAGCAAUGCGCAUGGUGGCUUUAUUGAGGGUGCUGUUCGAAGAGGUGCACAAGUUGCUAAUCAACUAACAGAAUUGAUCGUUGGGAAGUGA